GAGGGGCCCUCGGACUGGGUAGGGCCGGGAGCCUCUCCCCCGGCCAGGGGGACGCAGCGGGCAGCCGUAGCCCAGGCUUCUCCUCGCCGCCACCGCCGCGGAGAUGGGCAGCGUCCCCCUCGAGGCCUCCAGGGCCGCGGAGUCUCUCUUCCCGGCCGCCCUCGAGCCCCGCGGGCCCGUCAAGCGGGACUACCACCACCGGAUCUUUGUGAACCGGAGCUUGGCACUGGAGAAGAUAAAAUGCUUUGGUUUUGAUAUGGACUAUACCCUUGCAAUGUACAAAUCUCCAGACUAUGAAGAAUUGACCUUUGAGCUGUUGCUGGAGCGACUGGUGUCCAUUGGAUACCCUCACGAAAUUCUGGACUAUAAGUACGAUCCUGCCUUCUCUACCAGGGGGCUGAUCUUUGAUGUCCAGCAUGGGAACUUGCUAAAGGUGGACUCCCAUGGCAAUCUGUUGGUGUGUGCACAUGGCUUCCAUUUCUUCAAGGGGAAUGAAAUCUGGAAUUAUUACCCAAACAAAUUCAUUCAGAGAGACGACACGAAACGUUUUCAUAUUCUGAAUACUUUGUUUAAUUUGACAGAAACCUACCUCUUGGCCUGCCUCGUGGACUUCUUCACCAGCUGCUCCAGAUACACGAAUUGUGAGACCGGCUACAGGCAGGGCAACCUCUUCAUGUCCUUCCGCAGCUUGUUCCAGGAUGUCCGAGAGGCCAUGGAUCAUGUUCACCUUUCAGGCUCCCUCAAGGAGAAAAUGCUGAAGGACCUGGAGAAGUAUGUGGUAAAAGAUCCCCGUAUUCCUCUUCUGCUGAGUCGCAUGAAAGAUGCAGGGAAAAUGUUUCUUGCCACCAACAGCGACUACAACUAUACAGAUGUAAGUCGGGCCUUCAAAGAGAAGGCAAUCAUGACAUACUUACUUGACUUCAGUGAAGAAAAUACGCAGGAUAAAUCCCAGCAUCGACCAUGGCGCUCUUACUUUGAUAUGAUUGUUGUCGACACUUGCAAGCCCCUCUUUUUUGCUGAGGGAACUGUUCUGCGGCAAGUCAACACAGACACGGGGAAGCUGCGAAUUGGGACCUACAGAGGACCACAUCAGCACUGUGCUGUCUACUCUGGAGGUUCCUCAGACAUGAUAUGUGACCUCUUGGGCGUGAAGGGCAAGGAGAUUCUUUACAUUGGUGAUCAUAUCUUUGGGGAUAUUCUCAAAUCUAAGAAGAGGCAAGGAUGGCGCACAUUCCUGGUGGUCCCAGAAGUGGCUAAGGAGCUGCAAGUGUGGACUGAGAAGAGUGAACUCUUUGAGGAGCUGCGGAGUCUGGAUGUGCUUUUGGCUGAACUGUACCAGCACUUGGACAGUGGAAGCAGUGAAUGCCCAGACAUCAGCUCCAUCAAGAAGCGGAUCCAGAAAGUCACCCAUGAGAUGGACAUGUGUUAUGGGAAGAUGGGAAGUCUCUUCCACUGUGGCUCCCAUCAGACCCUCUUUGCCAAUCAGCUGAUUCGCUAUGCAGACCUCUAUGCUGCUUCCUUCGUGAACUUCCUCUAUUAUCCUUUCAGCUACCUUUUCCGGGCACCAGCGGCUCUGAUGCCCCAUGAAUCAACCGUGGAGCAUAUAAAAAUGGAGACUACCGAGAUGGACUUUCUUUCAGGGCAAUUUAUGCACCAGCUCAGGCAACAGAUGGACUGAUUUACUUGGAGUCAAGAUAAAUUGCAGCAAUAAAUUUAAGAUCAUUUCACAUGCAAUACAUUCUUAGUCUUUGAGCUCCCAGAAUCCAAAUGAUGGAUGCUUCCACCAUUUAAUUAUUUCUUCUUCCAAAGAUGUAUAUUUUCUUCUAAAGAACUUAGGAAAGAUUAGAGACACCCAAUGACAAAUGCAGGAAAGAGUACCCCCACCCUUGCUUUUCCCAGGCAAAAGCAGCCAUGUUCUCCAUCUCUCCCGUUGGACCUUUCCCUUAAAUGGGGAGAAAUUCUUAGUUGUAUUUCGCUACCAGGGACACAGCUGGAUCCUCUGGGUGGGUGGGUGAAGGGCAGAAUUCAAAUCACUGUAGGAUUGCAGCACAGACCAUCGGAGAAAGAAAAGCAAUAGCAAUAGCACUUGGACUUUAAGAGGUUUACAGAAUCAGCCUAUGGUCCCCCAACAAUCUAGGUCCUCAUUUUACCAACCUCGGAAGGAUGAAGGCUGAGUCAACCUUGAGCUGGUGAGAAUUGAACUGCUGAACUGCAGGCAGCUGGCAGUUAGCAGAGGUAGCCUGCAGUACUGCAUUCUAACCGCUGCGCCAUCACGGCUGUGUCUUCUGCUAUAUCGAUUCCAUCAUCCGGAUUGAACCCACAACUCUGCACUUCCAGAGGGCUUGGUGUAUAACCCAUCACCCCUGCCAAAAUAAAUACAUUUGUGUGA